CUUUCGGUUCCGUCUCCAGGCUUCAGCAAUGAGAGGACAGCAGAGCUCGCGCCCUCUGUCACUGUUGGUUUGCUUCAUCGCGCUGUGGAGCACGCGGUCACGAGCAGAUUCUAAUUCCACGCGGAGCACCAAAGACAUCGCGACUUUUACCAGGAUCCUCGACAGUCUUCUGGAUGGAUACGACAACCGGCUGAGACCUGGUCUGGGAGACCGAGUGACCGAGGUGAAGACAAACAUCUAUGUGACCAGUUUUGGACCCGUGUCCGACACAGAUAUGGAAUACACGGUGGAUGUUUUCUUCCGUCAGUAUUGGAAAGAUGAGCGGCUGAAGUUUCACGGACCAAUGAACAUUCUGCCUCUCAACAACCUGAUGGCCAGUAAGAUCUGGACUCCUGACACUUUCUUCCACAACGGCAAGAAAUCCGUGGCCCACAACAUGACGAUGCCCAACAAGCUGCUGAGGAUCAUGGAGGACGGAGAACUGCUCUACACCAUGAGGUUAACGGUUCAAGCUGAGUGUCCGAUGCACCUGGAGGACUUCCCCAUGGAUUCACACUCCUGUCCUCUCAAGUUUGGCAGCUACGCCUACACCAAGACGGAGGUAACUUACAUCUGGACCACAAACGCCUCCCACUCUGUGGACGUGGCCGCCGAUGGAUCCAGGCUCAACCAGUACGACUUGAUAGGACAAACUGCGGGGGAGGAGACCAUUAAAUCCAGCACUGGUGAAUACACAGUGAUGACCGCUCACUUCCACCUGAAGAGGAAGAUCGGCUACUUCGUGAUCCAGACGUACCUGCCGUGCAUCAUGACGGUCAUCCUCUCUCAGGUCUCCUUCUGGCUCAAUCGGGAGUCGGUGCCAGCCCGAACUGUGUUCGGUGUGACUACAGUUCUCACAAUGACUACCCUGAGCAUCAGUGCCCGUAACUCGUUGCCAAAGGUGGCCUAUGCCACCGCCAUGGACUGGUUCAUUGCCGUCUGCUAUGCCUUUGUCUUCUCUGCGCUCAUUGAGUUCGCCACCGUCAACUAUUUCACCAAACGAGGCUGGGCCUGGGAUGGAAAAAGUCUAGUUAAUGACAAGAAAAAAGAAGCGACCGUUGUGAAGAAGAACAACGCCUAUGCCGUGGCGGUGGCAAACUACGCACCCAACAUCACGAAAGACUCCACGCUGCCCACCAUCUCCAAGUGCGCCGUGAACGAGCCCAUCAAGCCCGCGGCAGAGACCAAGUCCGAGCAGAACAAGAAAACCUUCAACAGCGUCAGCAAGAUCGAUCGCAUCUCGCGCAUCAUGUUCCCGGUUCUCUUUGGGACCUUCAACCUGGUCUACUGGGCCACCUACCUGAACAGAGAACCAGUUAUUAAAGACUUGGAUCCCACUAAGUAAACUGCAGCGCUCAUUACAAAAAAAAAUUCAUUCAGAACAUAGAUCUGUUUUUGUCAGUUUGAACACAUGAAUGAAAAGUUCCCUUCUCUCAUUUCUUUCUUGGCUCAGUUUUGAUCAAAUAUUAUAGACUUGUGGAGAGAAGAGGGCUAACACUACAUUUGAUACAAAAAGGAUGGUUUUGAUGGUAACAGAAUACAGGGAACAAUGUCCUUAACCCUAACCCUUAAGGUACUGUGAUAAAUGCUGCCUGCAGUUCCCUUCAGGCC